CGUCACCGCAAUAGCAUCGAUCGAUGGUCAUGGUAAUGCCAUGACCACUUCCAGUACCUCACUGUCCUCUCUUCCUCUUCACUUCCAGAACUCUUCUGCGCCCUCCACCGCUUCUUUGUACCCUCAAUCUCCUCUCAAUCCCCUUCUCGACCGUGUACAACAGUCUUCACACCUUUCCGCACUCUCCGCCCGCCAGCGCUCACUCCGGCGCACUGGUCCCCCGGGGUUCCUCCGUCUCCACCGUUGCGCCUCCUGGGCGAACCAUUAAGUAACAGCUUCGAUCGACAGUCCCUCCAUUCAACUGCGCACGCGAGCUCUUUCCCACCUGCAGCAUUGGCUCGUCUGUAGUUGUACAGUACUUCCAGUCUUGAGUGUCUUCAAGGAAAGGGCAGUGAGAUUGUGGCGAGCACUUGGGGAGCAGUGUCCAUGGCCACGUCGAUUUCAGCACCCUGUAUCGGCUUGUGGACGAUGGACAACAAUUGUCAGAGACUGUAGGGGAGGGCAGGAGAAAGAAGAGAACUGUUGAACUACUUGAAUAAAGAUGGAUUUCACGCUCGCGCUUACACACUUCUGUGAAGCGCAUGGUCCGAAAUCAGUGCUAUGUACACAAGUCUUACCCCUGGAAUGCGCCCUCUGUCUCCCACCCUCGCCGUCAUUGAGAGCCUCUUCUUCCGAAUCGCUCUCGACCCAGAUCCACGAAUCGUCGUGUGGCCCAACCCAGAAUUCAUAUACUCGUCCACCCUUGCGCAAAACAGACACGAAUGUAACCCUUCCCACCGACUUUUCGGGCGCAUCUACGACCGUUGACUCUGAAUACGAGCCCGAUCAUCAACGACCGACAAUUGAGAAACAUCCCCUGUUCCAGACUGUGGACCAUAAGCGAGAGCUAGGCUCACAAUGGCGAUAUGGACGAGCGCAGGGAGACGCAUGUGCUAGUUGCAGCUUCAGCAUCCCCAAAGCCGUGGCCGAGAAGCUGCCUGCCGGAGCCCCUGGAAGCAAAAACACAGCCGAUGGGAAAAGUCCCAGCACAAACACUGGCGCACCUGUGUUGCGUUCCAGAGAGUUUGUCUGCAUGCGCGACAGAAGACCGAGUAGUGGGAAUGACACUAUACGAGGCUCCAAAGCGUCAUCAUAUGGCUCGUCGGUAGCUUCAUCAUGUUCUCGGGAUUCCUCUCAGUCACCCGUGUCCCCUUCCAAUGGACACCCUGACAACUGUCACGACCACACCCUCACAUACCUGACCGCCAAGUCACCGGGAGAUCCGGAGAGCUAUGCGAAGCUACGAGCAUCCGUCAUCCGAACGUUAUCCUGCGAACUCCUUCCCCGGGGCAUGUCAGACGGCCCACUCUGCUUUGGCGAUUCCAAUACAGGAUACACGAUUGCAUACGUUUUCCGACUGACAGACCCUAAAGCGCGCGGUCGCCGGCGAGCGUAUGCCUUUAUCGCACUGGCAGGAAAAGACGCAAGUCGUGCGUUCCAAGCGUGUCCGCUGCUAUGGGAGGCCUUCGCCAACAUGGCCAAGGGCAUUGAAUCGGCCGCGCAACGACAUCAAGAAAGACAGCGACAGAAGGAGGAGCAGGAGGCAGCCGCCAAAUCGGCCAAUGCCACGAGAUCAAGCUUUUCAAACAAAUAUACUCCCGUCUCUUCGUUUUUGACCGCCCGCACCGUCGAUCCGGAUGGUCACCCACGGCGUGUAGGUCAUGCUGCGCCACGCAGUCUGGCUGAGAUUGUGGGCGACGAGAACAUCUUUACUUAUCUCCACCAGUACUUUGUGGCCAUUCUCCGCGCUCUGGGUGACCAGUUUGGCGGCCUGCCACUUGCCGAGCAGCCGUCGGUGUAUCAGUCUGUUGGCGAGGAGUCCCCGCCGUUUGCCAGGGCGUCUAUGGUUGGACAUAGUCACAGUCACAGUCACAGCCACAGCGGUGCAAAGCUGGGUGGUCCUACGGUUAAACACAUGGAGAGUUUACGGGAUGAAGAUCUGACGCCGACAGUACCACAGCAGUCACAUUCGCAGCCGCAGCCGUCUUCUACUACCAGUGCCGCUCCCACUACGGAUCAGAAUCAGGCAACUACAACCGGGACGUCGUCAUGUAGUCAACCAACGGGGUCUGGCUCCGUUCGGUUGGAAAACAAAGACAAGGACAAGGACGUCAGGACAGGGAAUGACACUGAUUCAUCAGCCCGUGACAGAAAUAAUGAAAAGGCAAAAGAAAAAGAUAAAGAUAAAGAUCAUCAGCAGCAACAGCAGCAGCCAAAAGAUGAUCCCCUUGAGGUGGCAAAGAUGAGGGCAAACAAGACUUUCAAAUUGAACCCGCUAUGUGCGCCCAUGGCGGUUAAUGAGACGGCGCAGAGACAGGUGGUGGUGUAAUGAGCCAGCCGAUGAUAAUGAGAAAGUGGGGGAGACACCCUGCACGGCACGAUUCCAAUGGCUGAUCUGGGCAUGGGAGGCUAUCUGUGCUUUGCUUUUUUGACAACUACCACCAAUACCCCUUUGUUUCCCCUUUUUUGUCGCCUGCCCGCCCGCGCCCGGUCCAAUCCGAUCCAUUCUCCUCGGAACGGAGGGGGUGUGAGGCGAAGCGAAGCGAGUGCGCAGUGAUACCACGAUACAUCGAUUUUUGUUUUCUAUUGAGACACCGAGUGAAAGAAGAGAACCAGAAGGAUGCAGAUGCAAGAGGCUGCCGUGCCAUGGCGACCUUUCGAACUGAACUCGAUUGCAGUGAUGGGAAUGUAAUGAUAUGAAAUGAAUGGAUUGGGCUGGAAUGGGAUGGGCUGGACUGGGAAGAAAGGCAACGGAUGACACUCUCAGAGCUGAAAGGACUCCACCGAGAAGUUCAAGGCCGUGCCGUGGGGGGGAAUUGUGAAUACUUGCAACGGAGUUUAAGUUCCAGUUCCGCCAGGAAUGGAAGAAGGCAAGACAGUGUGUAUGAUAUGAUAUCAAAACAAUCGAGGAGAUUUUCUUCUGCGUUGUUCUCUGGAAGAUCGUUUUUUCUUUUUCUUUUUUUCUUUUUCCGUUCCACUGGAAUUGUGCACUACGCGCCGCCCGGCAUGGCAUGUAAAGUGAACUGUGUUUUUGGUCUGGAUGUUCCGGCACCCCUGGUCUCUAUCAGUCAACCGACUCCACUCACAGCCCCCCUGGUAAGCCUAGCCGCGAGUGGUUCAAUGUCAUGUCACACAACAUUGGAGUCGUUGAGCGGUGGCGAAGGUCAGCAGAAGCAAUAUCGAAGAACGGGACAUGC